UACGGAGCGCAUCUGUAAUGACGACGAGAGUGUCCUCCAAUCAUGUGGGGGGGUCACACCUAACCAUCAUUGGGUGACUGCUCUCCCAGCUAUUCAGGUGCUGGGGGGGGCGGAGGCUUUAUAAGCGCGCGCCGCGUCGUCUGUAAACACUGCGCGUAAAGUGGGUCCGGCGCCACUUUGGGUUUUCUCUGGAUUUACUUUUGGAGUUUGUUCCUCUCUGCCCCCCCUCCCCAAAACGACGCCGGACUGCCGCCAAACCCACAUGGCGGCCCCCCCCACCAGGUUCAGUUUCUCCGUCAGGAGCAUCCUGGAGCUGCCGGAGCGGCGCGCGGGCGCGGCGCCGCCGCGGGCCUCCCCGGGCUUCACCUGCUCCUCCAGCCCGCCUUACGCCGCGUGGACGGACGGAGAGGCGGGCCUCUGUCUGUCUUCAGAUGACGGCGGCCCGGAAGCGUCUCCGGACUCCACCAAGCCGGACGACUCCUGUCUGGACUCGGAACCGCAGAGGAGCCAGAAGAGCAAGAAGCGGCGCGUGCUGUUCUCCAAAGCGCAGACGCUGGAGCUGGAGCGGCGGUUCCGCCAGCAGCGGUACCUGUCCGGACCGGAGCGCGAGCAGCUGGCCCGGAUGCUCAGCAUGACGCCGACCCAGGUGAAGAUCUGGUUCCAGAACCACCGCUACAAAAUGAAGAGGGGGCGCGCGGAGGGGCCGCCGGACGCGGCGCAGCCCCCCGUUCUGCGCAGGGUCGUGGUUCCGAUUCUGGUCCGGGAGGGGAAGCCGUUCCAGCCCUGCUUCGUGGACACGGACUCGGUCUGCUCCUCAUCCUCCUCCUUCUCCGUGGCCUUCCCGCCGCUGCAGCGGUCCUCCCCCCUCGCUCUCCCCCCGCGCUUCCAGCAGCACUUCCCGGCCUCCGGGUUCGCUUGGAGGGACUUCUGGAGCGAGUCGGUUCCGUUCGGUUCUUUUAAGUGAAGCUCCGGCUGGACUCUAAACACUGAGACGUUUGGAUUUUCACUUCUGCAGAACUUUGAUAUUUUGCACAUUUUUGCUUCUUAAAUGUUUCUGUUUUAUUUUCUUUAGUAGAAAAUGUGAUUUUUGAUUUUAACUCCAGAAAUCUUGUGAAGACAAAUGAAGCAGCUGUUAGUCUGAAGCAAAAGGAAGUUUGUUUGUAAGGAGAAUGAAGAAUAAAAGUGUCUUUUUCUAAAUAA